CUCUUUAAUGGUUUUCAAUUUACUUUUGAAAACAGUUUUUUAAUUGUUCAUAAAAUUCAUCAAUUAUUAUGAGUUAAUUAACUGUCGUGCGAUUUUAUUCAACCAAUAGAUAGUUGAACUGUUGAGACUUUCUCUGGAUUCAGUUGACUUAAUUGUCUUUGUUGAUUUUAUUUUUUUCUUAUUUCUUAUGUGUCAUGUCAAAUAACGUCAACAUGAAUACUAAUCAAGCUUCUGGUGGACCGAAUGCUGGACAAUCUACUGAUCUUUUUGAUGAACUACACCGAUCGUUUAUUGAUCUAUUUGCUCCGCUUCGAUGUGAUUAUGAGAAUACACCGAAUCCUAAUGUUGAAACCUACAGAGCUGCUUCGGAACAUUCGGUUCCUAAGUUUGCAGAUCAUGCUCGAGCUAUGGAACUUUACUUUGUUCGGUGGAGAACAAUUUUCGGCCAUUUAGAUCCGAACGAGUUAAUUAAAGAAGAAAUUGCUGAAAUGGAAUCAGAAAUAAGGAGAAAAGACGCAACUUGUGCACGAAUUUAUGAGAAACUUGAUAAUUGGAAAGCUCUUUUUGAAAGUGAAUCUUUAGAUCAAAGAAAAGACAUUUCAAGGGCCGAUGAACCGAUGUACCAAGAAGGAACUCCAACAAAACCCUAGUUUGAUUUAAUCAAUUGAUUUAAAUUCUCAAAUGAAAGAAAUGUGGAAUUUGACCAAUUUUACCAAUUUUGUAUUCCAUUUUCUUUGCCACCUUUCCUGUAAUUAAACAUAACCAAUGUUUGAACAA